GUGGCGUGUGCUCGACAAAUUCACAGCGUUUUACAAGCGGAAUUAAAAACCAAAAAAAAAAAACAAAAAGACCAAAACAAUAAUAAUUAAUAUUUAAUUCCGUUGAAUCGGUGCAGUGGCAAACGUAACGCAAAAACGUAAUUAGCUUAAAAUGGGUUAUCAGCAGCAAAUCAAUAUUUGCUCGCAAAUAAUUGCUCUCAACUGAAUAAUCUGUGCUAAACGGAAACUAUAUAUCUGUAUAUGUACUACAAACUUAAUGCUUCCAUUUGUCUGUGUACUGUUGUGUUGUGUAUAAAUAUUUUCACUGCAAAUCCAAAGCAAACGUUGCAAAAUGAGUCGCACGCCCAAGUUAAAUCAAUUGGGUCGCGCCUACUCCGAGAUGUCACCGCUAAAUCCCCCACUCUCGGCGCACUCCACAACUCCACCGACAACGAGUUCCGGCCAUGAGCGCCACGAUUCUGCUGGCUAUGGAAGCAUAUUUCCAUUUGGUUUUUUUCGCAGCUCCUUUGGUCGUAGCGGUAACUCCAUUCAGAAUAUCAAUCGAUACGGAGAUUCCAUGGGUUCGCUCGGACAUCGCGCACUGCUUCAGUACAUUGAUAAUAAUGAUAUAUCCGGUCUGCGCGCUAUACUCGAUAGUCGUCAUCUAACCAUCGAUGAUCGCGAUGAGAACUCCACAACGGUACUUAUGGUGGUUGCCGGUCGCGGCCUGACUCCAUUUGUGCGUGAGUUUUUGGCUCGUGGUGCCGAUGUGCAAGCGGAGGAUUUAGACAAUUGGACGGCAUUGCUGUGUGCCACACGCAACGGACACUUGGAUGUGGUGCAACUGCUCUUGGACCAUGGCGCCGACGUCGAGCAUCGCGAUAUGGGCGGCUGGACAGCUCUGAUGUGGGCUUCGUAUCGGGGACACACGGAUCUGGUGCGUUUGCUGCUGGACAAGGGAGCGGAUGGCAAUGCGCAUGGCAAUUAUCAUCUCGGCGCAUUGCUCUGGGCAGCGGGUCGCGGCUACAAGGACGUCGUUGAGCUGCUGGUGCAAAGUGGCGCCAAGGUGAAUGUGGGCGAUAAAUAUGGCACUACGGCGUUGGUGUGGGCCUGCCGUCGGGGCAACGUUGAGAUUGUGGACACGCUGCUCAAGGCUGGCGCCAAUGUGGACACCGCUGGCAUGUACUCGUGGACACCGCUGUUGGUCGCUGCCGCUGGCGGGCAUACAGAUUGUGUCAGUUCCAUAUUGGAGAAGAAGCCAAAUGUAAAUGCCCUGGACAAGGAUGGCAUGACUGCGCUGAGCAUAGCCAGUCGUGAAGGAUUCCAGGAUAUUGCUGCAUCGCUGAUUGCCGCCGGCGCUUACAUCAAUAUACAGGAUCGUGGUGGCGAUACGCCACUGAUACAUGCCAUCAAGGGUGGACACCGGACUGUGGUCGAGGCGCUGCUCAAGAAGCACGCUGAUGUCGAUAUACAGGGCAAGGAUCGCAAGACGGCUAUUUAUACGGCGGUGGAAAAGGGUCACACAGCGGUUGUGAAAGUGCUGCUCUCAACGAAUCCCGACCUGGAGUCAUCCACCAAAGACGGCGACACGCCACUGCUACGUGCCGUACGCAAUCGCAAUCUGGACAUUGUGCACAUGCUGCUCGAUCGCAAGGCCAAGGUGACGGCGAGCGAUAAGCGUGGCGACACCUGCCUCCACAUUGCGAUGCGUGCCCGCUCCAAGGCGAUUGUGGAGGCACUCCUCCGUAAUCCGAAACACAGCCAGCUGCUAUAUCGCGCGAACAAGGCAGGCGAAACACCCUACAACAUUGACUCCCUGCACCAGAAGACGAUACUCGGUCAGGUGUUUGGCGCACGACGCCUGAAUACCAACGAGGACUCUGAGGGCAUGCUCGGCUAUGAGCUGUACUCCUCCGCGUUAGCCGAUGUGCUCAGCGAGCCCACGUUGACCACACCGAUUACGGUUGGUCUCUACGCCAAGUGGGGCAGUGGCAAAAGUUUUCUGCUCAACAAACUGCGCGAGGAGAUGAACAACUUUGCCAAACAGUGGGCGGAGCCGCCAGCGAAGACCAGCGGCCUCCUCUUCAUUGUCUGCCUGCAUAUAUCGCUGCUAAUCGGAACGAUUGUGGGCUUGAGCAGCUGGUCAGUGUUAUGGGGCUUAUUAGCUGCUGUACUCUUUUUGGUUCUGGCUUAUAUACUGCUGGCGGCGACCAAAUAUUUCAACUAUCAAAUGGACAUGUUUUGGGCCUAUUCGGUGCUGCAUGGACUGCAGAAGCGCAUCACACGGCUGCGUCUGAUAAUGCAGGUGGCCUUCUGUCAUCCGCCUGGACCACAGGCGGACACGCAGCCCAAACCCGUGCGUUUUCACUUUGCGGAAGCAAGCAGCGCCUCACCCACUGGAGAUGGCGCCGUUGCUCACAUGCUGGCCGCCCUGCUGGAGGCAAUAGAGUCCCAUUAUGGCUGGCUGUCCACACGCUUGUAUCGUGCCUUUCGACCCAAGUGCCUGAAAAUGGAUGUGGGCUGGCGUUGGCGUCGUAUGUGCUGUUUGCCCAUUGUGCUGCUCUUCGAACUGGGUCUGAUCACCCUGGUGGCUGGCAUAUCUCUCACAAUUGCCUACUUCACGUAUGCAACAGCAGCUGAGCGGGAGAAGAUUCUGGUUGCCAUCUAUGUGAUUGCUGCGGUGCUGGUGACGCUGAUCUGCACGCAUCUGCAUGUGCUGGCCAAAAUCUGUGGAUCGCUGUUCAUCUCGCACAAGCGGCAACUGAAGCGAGCCGUGCGCUCCAAUGAGAAUGCACCGUUGACCAUGCUCGGCGCCGAGGUGGCCGUGUUGACGGACAUGGUCAAGUGUUUGGAUGCCUUUACGAAUCAGCAGAGUCGCCUGGUGGGCGUUAUCGAUGCGCUGGACUCUUGUGAUACGGAGCGCAUCUUGACACUGUUGAAUGCUGUCCAGACGCUUCUCUCGGCUCCGAAUCGACCGUUUGUGCUGCUCAUCUCGGUGGAUCCGCAUGUGAUUGCAAAGGCAGCCGAGGCGAAUAGUCGACGUCUGUUCACCGAGGGCGGCAUUGGUGGUCACGAUUUCCUGCGCAAUUUGGUCCAUCUGCCGGUUUAUCUGCAGAAUUCCGGAUUGCGUAAAGUGCAGCGUGCCCAGAUGACGGCGCUGUUGUUUAAGCGCGGCGGUGCAGACUAUCAGGGCGAUGAUUUGCCAACACUGGGCCAUUCGGUGUCGGCGCGUAGAUUGUCCAACGCCUCGGAGAUCAUGUCCAGCCAGGAGAAGCUGCGCACCCCACACAAUCAACAACGCGGUGGUCCUGGUGGUGGCGCCGGUGGCGCCGGUGGUGCUGGCAAGAAAUUGCGUCUAUCCGAAUCCGUGGCCAGCUCAAUUGGCUCCAAUUUGCAUCGACUCGGUCAGAAUCCGCAAGGCGUCGUCGACUUGUCUCGCAUUGUGCUCACCGAUGACUAUUUCAGCGAUGUGAAUCCGCGUAGCAUGCGCCGACUGAUGAAUGUCAUCUAUAUUACGGUGCGGCUGCUGAAAGCAUUCCAGAUUGAUUUUAGCUGGUAUCGACUCAGCUCGUGGAUUAAUCUCACCGAACAGUGGCCACUGCGCGCCAGCAUGAUUGUCCUGCAUCACGAUCAAUUUAUGGACACCAAUGCCGAUGAGAACAUCUCGCUGCAGAGCGUCUAUGAAAAAGUGCGUCCAAAACUGACAUGUUUGCGUGAGGCAGCUCCACUGCUGGAAUUGGACCGAGAUGAGCGCAAACUGGAUGCGUUUCUGCAGCUGCAUAAAUCCGAUUUACUCGUUGCGGACUUGCGCAUAUUCUUGCCAUUUACAAUCAAUCUCGAUCCAUAUCUGCGCAAGGUGCUCAAAGAGGAUCAGCAAAUCAUCGAGGACGAAGGUUCGCUUGUCCUGCAGACGCGUCCCAGCAUAUCCCAUAACAUCCGUUCGCAUCCAGCGCCCACAACUUAUGUGCCCUCGCCCCAAGGCUAUCCGCCUUAUCAAAUACUGCAGAACGAGUUUGUUGCCAAUGAGCUGCGAUCGCGUAAUCUGACCAUUGAGCCACAGACACCGCUGAUUUCAUCGCCCAGCGAUUCCUUUGGCGAUGAUGUACUGCAAACGAGGCUGACGGACCUCACCGUUGAGGGCGUCAUCACUCUGCUGGAGCGCAUUGAGGAUCUGAAGCCAACGCUACAGAAACUGGCGCCAAUCCUGCGCGAAAAUGCAAUCAACGGUCGCGUCCUCAAGCAUUGUGAGCUGACGGAUUUGAAGGCGGUGCUGGGACUGAGCUUUGGCCAUUGGGAGCUGUUUCGUUUGCUAAUCACAACGUUGCGCGAUGUUGAGAGAAUGCCCCGGAAAAUACGCCCGCAACCCGCAAUUACAGAGACGGUGCCAAAUGUGCCGGUAAUCAGGGACGUAACAGAUGCUCAGCCUUCGCUAUCGCGUCGAAACUCUGUCAGUCAUAUGGAAAAACAGGUUACGCUGGAGGAGCAAAUGAUUUGUGGCGCAUUGCAAACGCUGAACGAGGAGGCUUUCGAGGAUGUGGCGAGCAGUGAGAGACCCAGUCCAUCUGGUAUGCCCACAGACCUCGAUUUGUCCAGUGCUGGACCCCUAUUUACCCCAACGUUGCACAGCUCGGGUUCACCGAUACAACAACGUCGCGACUCGAUAUUGAAACAACAAGGCAGCGUUAAAUCCGAGAAGCGAGUAUCAAUCAAACCAACGCCCAGCGGCAGCAACCUGGCUAAUCUGAUAAACAACAAUAAUAACAAUAACAAUAGUGCUAAGCUAGCAUCAAAUGUGGAUUAUGUAUCGGAGCGUCAAAUGGAAUUAACUGCUGCCCAAGCUAGCACUAGCAAGGGUCGCCUAACAACCAAGCCACCAUCAGGUCCACGGCCCGCAUCGCUGAUCAUUACGAAAAAUGAUUCAACGCCACAAUUUCAACUGCUGCGCUCCUCGUCCAUUGAAUACGAUGAUGUUGAGGCGCAGCAUCAUCAGACAAUUCAUGCGAUUAGAACAACGCUGCUCGAGCAGCAGGAGGAUGAGUCGGCACCGUUGGUGUUUACGGUGCGCAAAUGAUAAGAAAUGCAGCUGCGGCAAUUUGCAGCUACAACUAGAAUAACAAAUCUAAGAUUCAAUAUGUGCUUUUUACUUAAGUGCCAGUUAACUUAAGUCACAAUUAGGCUGAUUAGUUUCAAGAAACUUGUAUGUGUGUGUCCCUGUUAACCGUUGUAAUACGUUGAUAUAGAUAUUGUUCUAGUGUGUACACUACUACUAUGUAAUAUAUUUAAUAUGCGCACUGGUAUACAUUAAAGUAUGCAUAUGACGAUUAAGACAAUUAAAAGUAAUAAAAAG